ACAAAGUUGUUUUAUUUUGAAAAUACAUGCUUCUUGCGGCUUAGCAAAGAAAGUACACGUGUGUUCUAUUUGCUGCUGAAGUUUUUAUAAAAAAGUUUGCAAUAUGGAAGAAGGUGAAGUUAGAAAGCCGCAUCGUGCAGCUCAUAGUGGUCGUAAGGCUGCAAAGAAGGAAGCUAAAAAGAAAAAAUAUAUAGAUGAUCCGUCAGCUGCUCAAAAACGAAAUCCUAAAGCUUUUGCCAUACAAUCUGCAACAAAAGCAGAAAGAAGCUUUAGAAGAACAAUGGAUAUCAAAAGUAAGGGUUAUCAUGUGCCCACAGUUGAUCGUAUGCCAGCAAAACCACCUCCAGCUAUUGUUGUAAUAACUGGCCCUCCUAAAGUUGGUAAAACUACUCUGCUAAAGUGCCUUGCAAGAAAUUUUAGUGGACAAAAGCUUACAUCUAUUAAUGGGCCUGUCACAUUAAUAUCAGGAAAAAAGAAAAGAAUUACAUUUAUUGAAUGCAAUAAUGAUAUUAACAUGAUGAUUGAUCUUGUUAAAAUUGCUGACUUAGCAUUAUUAGUCAUUGAUGCAAAAUCAGGUCUUGAAAUGGAAACAUUUGAAUUUUUGAAUAUUUGUCAAGUGCAUGGGAUGCCACGAUUGAUGAGUGUUUUGACUCACCUUGAUCUGUUUAAAAAUAAAAAGGCUUUACAAAGACAAAAAGUUUUCCUAAAAAAGAGAAUUGCAACCGAAAUUCCUAGAUGUGAAAAGAUGUUUUAUUUGUCUGGCAUUCUUCAUGGAGAAUAUCUAAAAAAUGAAGUUCAUAAUUUGGGACGUUUCAUCUCAGUUAUAAAAUAUGAGAUGUCUACCUGGAAGAAAACCCAUCCAUAUGUAUUUGUUGAUAGAAUGGAAGAUAUCACAGAUCCUGAAUCAAUGGCAAAAGAUCCAAAUUGUAAUCGAACAGUAUGUUUAUAUGGCUAUGCAAGGGGAGGAGCUUUGAAGAAAAAUUCACAUUAUCAUAUUCCAGGUUGUGGCGAUCAUUUGAUAAAAAAUAUCCAUUUCUUACCUGAUCCUUGUCCACUUCCUGACAAAUUAAAGAAACGUUCUCUGAAUGAAAAAGAAAGACUUAUAUAUGCACCUAUGAGUGGUGUUGGUGGAAUAGUGUAUGAUAAAGAUGCAGUAUAUAUAGAAAUGAAGGAAGAUCAAAAUAAGGCAAAUGAAGAGGAAGAAACUGAAACUGGUAAACUUCUACGAUCUAUGAGUGCAGUUCAGCAUCCGAUUGAUGAAAAGAUAAAAGCUGCUUCAAUUCAGCUGUAUCCUGGUACAGAACUUCCAGCAGAUGGAGAUGAUGAUUCUAGCGAUGAUCAAAAUUUUGAGGAUGAAGAUGAUAAUGAGGAAGAAAGUGAUAAUGAAAAUGAAUUUGAUGAAGGAAAUGAUGAGGAUGUUGACUCUGGUAGUGAAUUCAGUGAUGAUGAAAAUAAUACCAUUUCUAAUGAAAAGUUGAAAACAAAAGGGGAUAAGAGAAAGGUAACUUUUGCUGAUGAUGAAAAUAAUUCAGAUCUAGAUUUUAAUGAUGGUACUAAAAAGUUAGUUAAAAAAAGAAAAACUGAAGCCAGUUCUGAUGAAGAAGUGGAUGGUUUUGAAAUAGGUGAGGCAAAAUGGAAAGAAAAUUUGGUAAAAAGAGCAGCAGAUGAUUUUUAUGAAAGACAAAAGCAAACAGUUAGCCUCCAAAGACUUGUUUAUGGUCAACGUCAGACAACACAAGGAUCAGAUGAAUCUGAUUCUGAGGAUGAAAUAGGAGGUUUAUUUCGUUUAGCAAAACAUGAAAAAGAAAAAAAGGAUUUACAAAGUGAUAAUGCUGUGGACUGUUCAGCAUUUAUUACCACUGUGCAAAGAAAUUGGGAAGAUGAAAAUGAGUUGCAAAUGAUAAAAGAUUGCUUUGUCACUGGUAAAUGGGAUGAAAAUGAGGAUGCUGAACAUCUACUUAAUGAUGAUGAUGAAUUAUAUGGAGAUUUUGAAGAUCUUGAAACUGGAACCAUGCAUAAAGGCAAGCAAACUAUGAAGAAAGAUUCUGAAGGUGAAAGUGAUGAAGACAAAGAAAACUCUGAAGCUGAUGAAGAACCAGAGACUGAAGAGGUAAAAGAACAAAAAGAAAAAACAUUGCAAGAAAAGAGAAUGGAGAAGAAGAAAAAGCUUAAAGAAUUGUUCAAUCAGCAAUUUGAUGAUUCUAAAGACCGUACCUACCAUGAUGAUCUCAAAAUGGAAGCAGAUGCUCAGGGAGAAUUGAACAAAACAGAAUUUGAAGGACUUGAUGAUGAUGUUAGAGUUCAGUUUGAAGGAUACAGACCUGGUCUUUAUUUGAGGGUGGAAGUUGAAGAAAUGCCAUGUGAAUUUGUGAAAAAUUUUGAUCCAUCUUAUCCUAUAAUUGUUGGUUCUCUUUUGAAAGGUGAAGAAAAAAUGGGAUAUCUUCAGGCUCGCAUCAAGUGUCAUCGAUUUUAUCGAAGAAAUUACAGAAAAUUAGUUCUCAAAAGUGGAGAUCCUCUGAUUCUGUCUUUAGGAUGGCGUAGAAUCCAAACUGCUCCUAUAUACUACAUGGUAGAUCACAAUAUGCGAUGCAGAUUUUUGAAGUAUACUCCAGAGCAUUUACAUUGCAUGGCUACCUUUUGGGGACCAAUAACUCAACAAAAGGCUGGAAUUGUUGGGGUUCAAACUGUCAGUGAAAUAACAUCAGACUUCAGGAUUGCUGCUGUUGGAAGUAUUACUGAAGUGAAUCAUGUGACCAAUGUGGUGAAAAAAUUAAAGCUUAAAGGAUAUCCUCGUGAAAUAUUUAAGAAAACAGCUUUCAUUAAGGACAUGUUUCAUUCUCCAUUAGAAGUUGCCAAAUAUGAAGGGGCUGCAAUUAGAACAGUUAGUGGUAUUAGAGGACAGAUAAAGAAAGCAUUACGAGUUCCUCCUGGUGAUUUCCGUGCCACUUUUGAAGACAAAAUUCUAAUGAGUGAUAUUGUAUUUCUGAGAACCUGGGUAAAAGUUCCUGUGCCUCAGUUUUGCAUUCCAGUGAAAUCAUUACUUUUGCCACCUGAAGAAAAAACAAAAUGGCAAGGUUGUAGAACUUUAGGUCGUCUUCGAUAUGAAAAAGGUCUUCAAGUACCUGUUUCAGACGAUUCUAAAUAUACUCCUAUUGAGAGGAAACUCAGGACAUUUGCUCCUUUGGUGGUUCCAAAAACCUUACAGAAAGCAUUGCCUUUCAAAGAUAAAAUUAUUCAUAAGGAAAAGAUGAAACAUGAUCCUGAGAAUGAAAGAAUAGCUGUUAUUAAAGAACCUCAUGAGAGAGAGGUUUCAAAGGUACUAAAUAUGUUAAAGACUGUUCAUCAAAUGAAAGUUAAGAAAGAAAACAAAGCAAUGUGGCUGCGAGCUAGAGCUCAUCGUAAGGAGAAGCGCAAAGAAGAAGCUGUUCAUCAUAAAAAAGUGCAAGAGAUGAAGAAAAGGAUAUUAAGGAGAAAGCCUAAUAAAGCACCUGAUAUGUGAUAAAUAUGUGAUAUUUAUCUUUGUAAAUAG